GCAGUGUUGCUUCGACCGCAGUGUAAUGCUGAACCCCGAAGUGUAGUCUCGACUAUGUGAAAAGAGAAAAGAAAAGAAAAAUAAAAAAGAGGAAUAUUAAGAGUAGAGUAAUGUCCGCGUGUGAAAAUUAGCAAAACUACGAUACCUGCCUGAAGGAGAAUCUCUGAAAGCCGAAGCCGAAGAGGAAACAUAACAAAAGAGUUAUAGAAUGCUCAGGUUUUAUCAUUUGGAGUAAUGUGCCUUCAGGAAAAUGAAAUAUCGUAUUCUUCAGGAUAAGUACAAAUAUACACUUGUUUGAUCUCUAUUGGCACGCCAUAUCAACGAUAAAUGAAUAUUGUUAUAUUUAGUUAUAUCUUAAAAACAACCUGAUGUAUUUUCAGUGUACUUUGGUGUUAUAUUUGUGUUUUAAUAUGUAUCUCAGAAACAUUAUCUGUGUUACUAAUAUUCGUGUACUAUAUUUCCCGUGUUAAUGUUCAGUAUUCUGCUCAGAAUGUAUUCGUAAAUGUGAGAGCAAAUCGAAGAUUGUAAAAGAAAAAAAAAAGUAUAUCUAAUGGGCACGUCUGCAUGAAAUUUGGGGAUAUAUCAGUUUUUGUGUCUUAAAGGCUAAAUAUAAAACAUAUCUAUGACUUUAAACCACAGCAGUUCCAUCAACAUACAGUGAUCCGGUCCGUCCCUGGCCUUCAACUGCAAUGGUUCACGUCAAAAUAGUGUGGGCAAUGGCAGUCUGUAUGAUCACCACCAUGGUCAUUGCCAUUCAGUUUUUGCCCAAGAAGACACAGUUUUUGUACAGGGAACAAGAGGAAGAACAAACAUGUGCCUACAGUUCGGUUAACCUCUCGAUUUAUGCAGAAGGGAACGAAAAUACGAGGAAGAGAUGCGACAUUCUUUCUCCCAAUUUAGUGGGUCGAACGAGCGUACAAGAAGGCAUGUCAGAGGCGGAGGUCGAAGCCACCGUGACCAACGUGCUCCCGGGAGGCUCGUGGUGGCCACAGGACUGCGAGUCGACUUGGAGGCUCGCCGUCAUCGUCCCCUACAGGAACAGGGAGGUCAUGGUCGGUCCUUUCCUAAACCACAUGCAUCCGUUUCUGCAACGCCAGCUGCUCAACUACACCAUUUUCAUCGUGGAACAGUCUCGUGACAUGGAAUUCAACCGAGCGAAGCUACUGAAUAUUGGAUACGUUCUUUCACAAGACUUUGGACCAUACGACUGCUACGCUUUUCACGACAUUGACUGCGUACCUGAAGAUGAUCGAAACCUGUAUAAUUGCGCGGAUCAGCCAAGACACCUAGGGGUCGGGAUGGAAAAGUUCACAUACAAGAUCCCUUAUGACACAUUCUACGGCUGCGCCUGCCUGAUGACCGGCUGGCAGAUGGAGAAAGUGAACGGCUGGAGCAACAGGUACUUCGGCUGGGGGGGCGAAGAUGACAACAUGUGGCGACGCAUCAAAGCCGAGAAAAUGAAGGUGUGGCGGGUAUCGGAUCACCUGGCCACUUAUGCCACUCUGAAGCACGAACAAGCCACGCUCAAUCCGCGAAGGAUGAAUAUACUCCAAUCUUCAGAGAGAGAUUAUAAGGUGGAUGGCCUCAAUAGUCUUCAGUUCACGUUACUGAAUUCAACGCAUCGCAAACUAUACACGAAGUUCCAAGUGAAAUUAUAAUGUACAUUUUAGUUAAUUUGUGAGGAAAUUUUAAUCACUAUCAUUAAAGUAGUGGGCUCCCGAGAUUUACCGUGUGUUACCUGAUCUAAUAAAGAGUAUUUAUACAUAUAUGCGUGACAUCCGUUUUACUGAAUUUAUAUUUUACUUUUAUCAGUUACUUUUUGUAUUUCCUUCAACACAUGAUCUAAUGUUUCACGCGUUUUAUCCUGCUGCUGCUGCCACCGUAAAUGGAGUUAAUGAAGCCAUGUGAAAGCGAGACAGGCCGGGUCAGCAGCCCAGAGCUUGAGAGUCAUGGUUGUACCCCGGUUGGAUUUCGAGCCCGAGAAGGCCAGCAUCUACCUUGAGGGACACAGGGUAGCUGCAAGGCCUCAGCAUUAGCAAGGUGGGGAUGGAGCGUGUAAAAUGCCUCUCGGUGUUAUGUAUGUGAGUGUAGAUGCAGGUGGAGUAGCA